GCACCGGAAGUGACGCAGCUGUGGACGAGAACGCGGUUUGCUGACGCGAGAAAAAAAUGGCUGCUGCCAGGUUAGCCGUUCUUUGCAGGAAAGUGUCAGCCGCCGUGCAGACUUCCAGGUCGUUCGUGAGCCCUCAGGUCCCUGCUGGCACAGGGUUUUCUCUUAUUCUGUCGCCUAAGAAUAUACCAAGUGUCACAUCUUUACACCAGUGUAGAAUACUUCAUACCACAUUAUCAAGGAAAGGACUGGAAGAAUUUUUUGAUGACCCAAAGAACUGGGGAGAAGAAAAAGUGAAAUCUGGAGCUGCAUGGACCUGUCAGCAGUUAAGGAACAAAAGUAAUGAAGAUUUACAUAAACUUUGGUAUGUCCUACUGAAAGAAAGAAACAUGCUCCUAACUCUAGAGCAGGAGGCCAAGCGGCAGAUACUACCAAUGCCGAGCCCGGAGCGGCUAGAAAAAGUAAUAGAAUCCAUGGAUGCACUCGAUAAAGUUGUCCAGGAACGAGAAGAUGCCCUACGGCUCCUUCAGACGGGUCAAGAAAAACCUAGACCUGGUGCCUGGAGAAAAGACAUCUUUGGAAGAAUCAUCUGGCACAAGUUCAAACAGUGGCCUAUACCUUGGUACCUAAAUAAAAGGUACAACAGGAAACGAUUCUUUGCAAUGCCCUAUGUGGAACAUUUUGACAGACUGAAACGGGAGAAACACGCCCGGAUCCAAAUAAGGAAGAGAAAUUUAGAGAAAAAGAAAGCAAAACUUCUUCAGGAAAAGUUUCCACAUCUUUCUGAAGCCCAGAAGUCAAGUCUUGUCCAAGAUGUCUGAACUCUUAAUUUACCAAUUUGUUUUUCUUACAUAAACAAUAUGUAUACGAAAGUAACUAUAUGUCAAGUGGUUUAUAAAGAAACCAUAUUUUAGUCAAAUGACUAGCAACUGUUUUAAGUGUUAAUAUGGCCUGCUAAUUUUGGAAGUGGUCAUGCUUCUAUCAAAUUUUUAAAAAAUCAGGUAUCAAGUUCAGGUUACAUUUCCAUUUUAUAAAUUACUAGUGGCCUGGUGCACGGAACUGUGCCCAUUGAAUGGAAAUUAAUUAGAAGAAAGAUUUGUGUGGUAAUUAUGUUACUGCAAAAAAUUACAUGUCAAAAUAGUAUAUAUAAUAUCCUAUAUAAUCCUAUAUAAAAAAGAGCUAAUAUGCUAAUUAGACCGGACAGCAGAAUGACCAUCCGGACAAAGCUGGGGCUGUGAGGGCUGAGCCCCUUGCAAGAAUCUCGGGCAUUGGGCCUCUAGUAGUAGUAUAAAAUUAAAACACAUGUGCAAUUGGUGCCAGCGAGAGCUUUGUAUGUAUCACGCAUGCACGAGUCAACAUUUAUUUUUAACACAUUGUUUGCGGGUAGUUUUUAUCGCGUGCUAACAAGUGGCGCAGGCCAUUUUUGCUAAUUUUUUAUGCAAAUGGUAACGUUCAGUAAAAUUACGAUAACUUUAGUUUACGUAUUUAUACGUUACCCGCAUUCUACCGCUAGUCUAUAAAAAACGUAUUAAUGCGUGUCCCGCGCUCUACUACACUGGUAGAACGUAUAAAUACGUAAAACGUGUAAAUACGUUUCCCGCAUACAAUGUGUUAAAUUGCCAGUACACAUCAUAUGUACCAGGUGGUUGGUUGGUCACUUAGCCUUUUAUAUAUAUAGAUGACAUCUAAGCAGACUUCAGUAUCAUCUGUAUCUUAGAGUGGGAAAGUAAAGUUAACUACUAUAGCAAAAGCAAUUCCACUAACAUUUUUACUACUGUUAGAAUGUGAGGUGGUGUGGAUUAACUGCUGUUAAUAAAUAAUGAGUACUUUCACUGAAAAUGCUCAUAAAUACAUUUGGUAUUUAAAGUAUCAAGUCACAAGACAACGUAAGUCCAAAAUGUUUCUGGAUGGCUAGCAAUUUUUAUUAAGGUAAAAAGCAGAGGCAAUAUGUUUUACUCAUCAAUAAAAAGCAAUUCUAUCAAUCCACUGGUAAUUAAUACUAAGCAGAGUUGGAAAGCAUUUGACUGAAAGCAAAAUAUUUAGAGAAAAUAGACAUUUAUAUAAAAUUAUAAAAUGCUUAUAAUAAGAAUAAGUGCAUCCCAAGGAAAGCACAAACUUAUUUUAGUUUAUAGAGCCAGUUAAAGCCUUGAAAAUUUUAAGUGGAAAUUGAAAUAUGCAAAAAUGUAUAAACAUUCUACAAAAGAUGGUCAUUCUUUUCCUGAGUGUACUAAAGCUAUGAAACGUGAGGUGACAGGAAGGUGGAGGUGUGGGAACACUUUUCAAGGGCAUUUCCUUUCUACACACUGCUUCCCUCCUUCUUCAUACUCUUGUUUGGAAAUCCACAUCUGUUGAAAGGUGCCC